AUGUUAGGCUCUUCCUGGCUCCUUCUCAGCCUUGCUGCUCUAACUGCUGCUCAAUCCACCACUGAGGAUCUGGUCAAGAAAUUUUUGGAGAAGUUUAACUAUGAAGCUGAAGAGCUGUCUUAUCAAAGUUCACUUGCUUCUUGGAAUUAUAACACCAAUAUUACCGACGAGAAUAUCCAAAAGAUGAAUGAUGCUGGGACCAAAUGGUCUGCCUUUUAUGAAGAACAGUCCAAGCAAGCCAAAACUUACCCACUAGAAGAAAUUCAGGAUUCUACACUCAAGCGUCAAUUGCAGACCCUUCAGCACAGUGGGUCAUCAGUGCUCUCAGUAGACAAGAGCCAACGAUUGAACACAAUCCUAAAUGCAAUGGGCACUAUCUACAGUACGGGAAAAGCUUGUAACCCAAAUAAUCCACAGGAGUGCUUAUUACUUGAGCCAGGUUUGGAUGACAUAAUGGCAAACAGCAGAGACUACAAUGAGAGGCUUUGGGCCUGGGAAGGCUGGAGGUCUGAGGUUGGCAAGCAGCUGAGGCCAUUAUAUGAAGAGUAUGUGGCCCUGAAAAAUGAGAUGGCAAGAGCCAACAAUUAUGAGGACUAUGGGGAUUAUUGGAGAGGAGAUUAUGAAGAGGAGUGGACAAAUGGCUAUAACUAUAGCCGCGACCAGUUGAUUAAAGAUGUGGAACAGACCUUCACCCAGAUUCAACCAUUGUAUGAACAUCUUCAUGCUUAUGUGAGGGCAAAGCUGAUGGACACCUACCCUUCCCAUAUCAGCCCAACUGGAUGCCUCCCGGCCCAUUUGCUUGGCGAUAUGUGGGGUAGAUUUUGGACAAACCUGUACCCUCUGACAGUCCCCUUCAGACAGAAACCAAACAUAGAUGUUACUGAUACAAUGGUGAACCAGAGCUGGGAUGCAAGGAGGAUAUUUGAGGAGGCUGAGAAAUUCUUUGUGUCUGUUGGCCUUCCCAACAUGACUCAAGGAUUCUGGGAAAACUCCAUGCUAACAGAGCCAGGCGACAGCCGGAAAGUGGUCUGCCACCCCACAGCUUGGGACCUAGGGAAGCAUGACUUCAGGAUCAAGAUGUGCACAAAGGUGACGAUGGAUGACUUCCUGACAGCCCAUCAUGAGAUGGGACACAUCCAGUAUGACAUGGCAUAUGCUGCACAACCCUUCCUGCUAAGAAAUGGAGCUAAUGAAGGGUUCCAUGAAGCUGUUGGGGAAAUCAUGUCACUUUCUGCAGCUACACCGAAGCAUUUGAAAAACAUUGGUCUUUUGCCACCUGGUUUUUCUGAAGACAAUGAAACAGACAUAAACUUCCUAUUCAAACAAGCACUUACAAUUGUUGGAACUCUACCAUUUACUUACAUGUUAGAAAAGUGGAGAUGGAUGGUCUUUAAGGGUGAAAUUCCCAAAGAGCAGUGGAUAAAAAAAUGGUGGGAGAUGAAGCGAGACUUAGUCGGGGUGGUGGAACCCUUGCCCCAUGAUGAAACAUACUGUGACCCUGCAUCUCUGUUCCAUGUUGCUAAUGAUUACUCAUUCAUCAGAUACUAUACAAGGACCAUUUAUCAAUUCCAGUUUCAAGAAGCCCUUUGUCAAAUAGCUAAACAUAAAGGUCCCCUACACAAAUGUGAUAUCUCCAAUUCCAAUGAAGCCGGGCAGAAGCUGCUCCAAAUGCUGAAACUUGGAAGAUCAAAACCCUGGACCUUAGCAUUGUAUAAUGUUGUAGGAGCAAAGAAUAUGGAUGUAAGACCACUGCUCAACUACUUUGAUCCUUUGUUUACCUGGCUGAAAGAGCAGAACAGGAAUUCUUUUGUGGGUUGGAACACUGACUGGAGUCCAUAUGCUGACCAAAGCAUUAAAGUGAGGAUAAGCCUAAAAUCAGCUCUUGGAGAAAAAGCAUACAAAUGGAAUGACAAUGAGAUGUACUUGUUCCGGUCAUCUAUUGCAUAUGCCAUGAGAGAGUAUUUUUCAAAAGUCAAAAACCAGAUGAUCCCUUUUGUGGAGGAUAACGUGUGGGUGAACGAUUUGAAACCCAGAAUCUCCUUUACCUUCUUUGUCACUUUACCUGGAAAUGUGUCUGAUAUCAUUCCUAGAGCUGACGUGGAAGAGGCCAUCAGGAUGUCCCGGGGCCGUAUCAAUGAUGCUUUCCGCCUGGAUGACAAGAGCCUGGAGUUUCUGGGGAUUCAGCCAACACUGGGACCCCCUUACCAGCCACCUGUCACCAUAUGGCUGAUUGUUUUUGGGGUCGUGAUGGGAGUGGUGGUGGUUGGCAUUGUCCUGCUCAUCUUCUCCGGGAUCAGAAAUCGAAGGAAGAACGAUCCAGCCAGAAGUGAAGAAAAUCCUUAUGCCUCCGUGAAUUUGAGUAAAGGAGAAAAUAAUCCAGGAUUCCAAAAUGUUGGUGCUGUUCAGACUUCAUUUUAGGAAAACCUGUUUGAUUUCCUCUUGAGGUGAUUUUAUUGCAUGCAAAUGUUAAUUUUAUGGUACAGAUAAUAGGAGAUUAUAAAGCUGUCAUUAGAUAUCAAAACUAUGGCUCUGGUCAGGAAAAUUUACCCCAAGAAGACAUGCCUGAGGAGAGGGCAUCUUCACUGGCUUUCAGUAUUUAUUUCUGCCUCGAGAUUUCACUUCUGUUCAUGUUUGAGAGUAAUAGAGAAAAAUGUGUCUUUGGCCUCACCGGCUGUUCGGGGUAAUGGAAGUGGAAAUGUCUGUUGCCUGGCUGGAGUGGAAAGAGAAAAGAGGGAUAUAUGGUGGGAGCAAGUGGGGCCUUCUAUGGAGCCCAGAUGGAUCGCUUUUAAGGACCGUCUCUGUGAAAUGGCGGAACUGCAGGGAGCGAGAAUGGCACACGCUGUUCACUUAAAGUCAAGUGUAAAAGAUGGCACGCUCUUUCACAUUAAGUUAAUCUAAGUACUAUAGUGAUUUGCCCACAGCGGUGAGUGGACUGGAUCAUGCCUUCUUCGGGAUGACAGGUCUAAAGAAGAGAGGAGAAUCCAGAGAGCUGUUCACAGAUGUUGCCUUUUCACUUCCAUCCAUGCUUGAUCAUCAUCUCCCUGACAACGUAAGACUAGCCCCAGGGGCCUCCUGGGACCUGCCCCCCCAGAGCACACCUGAUAGAAACUCACUUCUGUUGUUCUCCAUGGAGUGACUAGAAACCUCAACUGAAUGUCCUCCCUGGAAGUGGGUACCCAAUCUCUUAAAUCUUGUAUUCACCCACAAUGCCUGAGUAGUGCUGAGCACAAAGCAGACAGUCAAUAAAUACUGACUAGAUUCACACUCCUAAGGUCUCACGUGUACUUACGUGCUGGGGCUUCGGGGAUUCUGUCUGCUUGUCAC